AUGCAGUAUGAACUUGCAAUUGACUGGCUGGCACAUUGUCCAAGGGCAACGCUGGAAUUCAAAGUCAAAUCAUUCUACGGUCAGCUACAACGUUUAUUCUAUCUACCACUCCCUCCCAAUACUAUCAUAAACCAGGAGGAAUAUCCAAAAUUCCUCAUACUUGCAUUUAUCUUGGAGGCCAACAUUACCAUCAAGAAUACUUACAAGUACCAAGUUAUUUGGUACAAAGGGAAGUUAGGGUCUGGGGAAGUUGUCAAUGCUUGGACAAUCCAAUGCGCGGUAGGCCGUAUCCCAGAUGACAACAAAGAUCCAACCCCUGGGAAAGUCCGCCCCCCAGGCCAAAAGUCCAACCCCGGAAGAUUGCAAGAAUCCAACCCCCAAGUGAAAGUCCAAUCCCUUAGCAAAAUCCGACCCCCCAGGAGGCCGCAAGGAUCCGACCCUCAGGCAAAGUCCAACCCUCAAGCGGAGAUCCAACCCUGGAGGGCGACAGAAAUCCAACCCUCUAAUGGAGAUCCAACCCCGGCAAGAGUCCGACCCCAGAAGAAGACAAGGAUCCAAACCCCACCAGGGACCGGACUUUCACAUCCGCACCCCAACCGAGCAUACCUACCUCUGGUAGGGUACGGAUUCCCGGGCAUCCAACCCCCAGGGUUGGACUAUCCGUAG